UUAAUAUUUAAUUAUAUUAUUGUAAUAAAAGUAUCUUUUAAUUUUUUUAUAAUUUAAUAUACUAUUCUUAAUAAAUUUAAAAAUGGAAAAUUCAGAAGUUAUAGAACAUUUUUAUGGAGUAUAUUUAUUAUAUUCUAUGAAUCCACAAUUUAAAGGAAGAAUAUAUGUGGGAUUUACGGUUGAUCCUUGUCGUAGACUUAAAGAACAUAAUGCUGGAAAAGAACAUAAAGGUGCUCGGAAAACAAGUGAUAAAGGACCAUGGAAUAUGGUACUAAUUAUUCAUGGUUUCCUAAAUAAAACAUCUGCACUUAGCUUUGAAUGGGCUUGGCAACAUCCUCAUAAAAGUCGGCGUUUAAAACAUAUAUAUGUAUCUAAUGCAAAGAAAAAAUUACAACAAAAAAGAAAGAUUAGAUUUCAUUUAUCUGUUUUAUCAGAAAUGUUGAAAAUUGGUCCUUGGUGUCGUUUACCUUUAACAAUACGUUGGUUAGAUUAUGAGUUUUAUGAAGAAUAUUAUAGAUAUGUUUCAGCUCCAAUGCAUAUGCCUAUAUGUUACGGAAAAAUAAUAUCAAAAAAAAUAAAGCAGACAAAUAAUAUACAAGCAUUAGAUAAAUUAUCUAUAAUUUGUUUUCUUUGUAAUUCACUUUUAGAAAAAGAACAAUCAAUUAGCUGUAUAAGACCUAACUGUUCAUUAAUAGCUCAUUUAAUUUGUUUAGCACAAUUAUUUUGUAAAGAUAAUAUGAUUUUACCAAUUGAAGGUAUUUGCCCUGCUUGCAAUAUUAAUGUUUUAUGGGGAGAUUUAAUUAGAAAAAAAAUUGGUUGCUAUGGAAAUUUAGAAAAAAUUUCUAAUGAUGAAAAUUAUACUUAA